UCCCCAGGAACUCACAUGGAUGAGUAUUAAACACCGCUUACUAGUAGCAAAAGAGCGUGCGAUAACCAAAGGUCCGAAUCGAAGAAGAUUACACGCUGUGCUUUCUGCAAAAUGGGUCUUCUUGGCCNCUUAACAAGCUAUUUAGUUGUCUUUGUAUUUUGUGCGAGUGGAGUCGUGAAGCUUACUGACCGCGUUCUUCCACAAACACACCAAUGGAUGAAAAAAGAGUUUGUACGUUAUGCUAAAGUUCAUCCAUUCACAGUAUAUUUUGAUUAUCACGUGGAACCUGUGCUUUACAUGAAGGUUAUAGGAUGGGUAGAACUUGUCUGUGGGCUYGUUUUGCUGUCAAGUCCCAGGCCUCUAAAAGUCCUUAGCUCUCUUAUUUGUAUGGUGAUUAUGRUUGGUGCAGUGUUUACAAUCUACAAAUUGAACAUGCCGUUACAAGAAAUGGUCCCAGCAACAGUGACCUUUGGCCUUCUUCUUGUCAAUAUGUUGUUUAUGUUUCAAGUGGAAAAGGAAGAUGCAAAGAAGAUGGAUUAGAAAAAAAUAUCUAUAGAUAUGUAACAAGCUACGAACACCCAACCACCCCUCACCACCUCCAGCACCACUCAAUUGCAUUGCACGUAAAAUAUGCAAAUGGUCUUACAAAAUAACAUCAGAAAAGAAAUUUUUAUAGCACUUUUAAAUUCUAUGGUUCAAUAGUUUUGACAAGUCUACAGCUGCAGUAGAGAUCACACUUAAACCAUUAAGUACUGUGUACAAAAUCUAAUUUAAGUUUUAAUUUGUAUUAUAAAACUCACUAAUAUUCAUAAGGCAAAACACAAUCAUAGCCCAUGAAGAGAGUUGUAUAUUACAUACAGAUUUCUUGUUCA